UCGAUUUUGGGGCGUCCGAGGCUCCCCGACUCCUCUCCGCCGACAGAGGCCCCUCGGCCUCACCCCAUCGGACCCUCCAGCCUCGGGGCCGGCGCCGCUCGGGUCCCGCCGCCCAGGGCGCAGCGUCCAGCGCAGAUAUGGACUUUGAGGACGUGGCCAUUGGCUUCUCUGAGCAGGAGUGGGCACUCCUUGGCGAGGCGCAGAGAAUUCUGUACUGCGAUGUGAUGCUGGAAGUGUUUGCGCUCGUCUCAUCUGUAGGUUGCUGGCAUAAAACAUAUGAUGUGGAGGCCUAUUCUGAGCAGAGCGUAUCUGUACAAGGACAAUCACAGGUCAGGGCUUCUGAGACAGCUCCAGCAACCCAGAGGACCCUGCGGUGUAAGUGGUGUUUCUCAGUGUUAAAAGACAUUCUGCACCUGACUGAGUCACAGGCAGCAUACCUAGAGCAGAAAGCCUUCUUCAGUGACGCCCCUGUGAGAGACUUCUGUUUCGGUGCAAACCCUCACCAGCAGCAGGGGUUUGGCCCUGGAGAGAAGCCCUGGACAGUAGCUGUGGACAGGGCCUCGUUUGUGACCAGGUGCAGCUUCCGAUCUUGGGUGCCUUCAACCAAUACAAAGGUUGGGAAAGUCUCCCCAGGCAUCUCGAGGCUUCUCCAGCACCAGGCCCCUCUCAACACUGGGGAGCGACACAGUGAAAGUGAGAUUUCAUGGGAAUUUGUGAGUGGAAAAAGUCAUUACAAUUGGGGUGGCCAUGAAAACACUGCCAGCAACAGUGGGAAAGUCGUUCGACAUCAGAGUAUCUGCUCUGAAGAAGUGAAUAAUGAGGGUAACAAAUGUGGGGAAGUCUCUAUGCGUACCUUUAAACGCAAUCGACAUAGAAGAGUUCACACGGGAGAAAAGCCCUAUGAGUGCACUGAUUGUGGGAAGUUCUUUAGAAAAAGCACUACCCUCAUUGAACACCAGAGAGUUCACACGGGAGAAAAGCCCUAUGAGUGCACUGAUUGUGGGAAGUUCUUCAGGCAAUGCUCUAACCUAACUCAACACAAAAGAGUUCACACUGGUGAAAGGCCCUAUGUGUGUGGUGAUUGUGGGAAGUCAUUCAGGCAAAAGUGUGCCUUCAACAGUCACCAGAGAGUGCACACUGGUGAAAAGCCCUAUGUGUGUGGUGAUUGUGGCAAGUCAUUCAGGCAAAGGUAUAGCCUCAACACUCACCAGAGAGUGCACACUGGUGCAAAGCCGUAUGAGUGUAGUGAAUGUGGGAAAUCAUGUGGGUCCAGUCUUCAUCUCCUUAUCCAUAUGAGAAUUCACACUGGAGAAAAGCCAUAUCAGUGUAGUGAUUGUGGGAAGUCAUUCAGUCAAAAGUGUAACCUCAAGAGUCACCAGAGAACUCACACUGGUGAAAAGCCCUAUGUGUGUGGUGAUUGUGGGAAGUCAUUCAGUCAGAAGUGUAGCCUUAACGUUCACCAGACUGUGCACACUGGUGCAAAGCCAUAUGAGUGUAGUGAAUGUGGGAAAUCAUUUGGGUCCAACCAUCAUCUCCUUAACCAUAAGAGAAUUCACACUGGAGAAAAGCCAUAUCAGUGUAGUGAUUGUGGAAAGUCAUUCAGUGAAAAGUGUAACCUUAAGAGUCACCAGAGAACUCACACUGGUAAAAAGUCCUAUGUGUGUGGUGAUUGUGGGAAGUCAUUCAGUCAAAAGUGUAGCCUCAGUGUUCACCAGAGAGUGCACACUGGUGCAAAGCUGUAUGAGUGUAGUGAAUGUGGGAAAUCAUGUGGGUCCAGUCACUAUCUCCUUAACCAUAAGAGAAUUCAAACCGGAGAAAAGCCAUAUCAGUGUAGUGAUUGUGCGACCUCAUUGAGGGAACACUGUAACCUCAUCCAACACCACAGAGAUCACUUUGGAUACGAGCAUUCUGAGCGUAGUGAUACUGGGGAGUCAUGCAGGCAAACCGCUGCUCUCACACAUCAUCAGAGGGUUCACCCUGGAGAAACGCCAUCUGAGGGUGGUGAUAGUGGGAACUCCUUCAGCCAAAGUUCUAUGCUCACGGGCCACAACAGAACCCUGUUAUUAGAUACCUGUCUGUUUGUCUUCCCGCCCUGCCUUUUAUUUCCUCUACAAUCAGGCAGUUCACAUUGAGUCUCCGAGCCUCGUUUCCUCCCCAGGAAACAGAUGGGCAAGCCAUGUCAGGUUGGGGAGAGGAUAUAAUUCUUGUGAAGCAUUGAAUCCAGGGCCUGGCACAUUCAGUAACUCUUAGCUCCAUAGCUUCACAAUGUGUGCUGACUGCAGACAUGCAGACAAUGUAGGAAAAAUCGACCUGUUAGUCUUUGUAUCUUUUCAAAUUUUGUUUUUCAAUGAAUAGGAUAAGGUUAUGUAUGUUCUCUCAUAGCCGGCUGUUUCUUGUAAAAAUGUGAAAUUUGUAAAUUAGAAAUAAAAGCUCUGACAACUGGA